AUGUUCCAAAUCUAUAUGCAUACAUACAGACGUCUCCUGCAGCGGUAUCUGUACUUUAUUCGGGUGUUACCAUUCUACUCGGACAGCUAG